AUGGGAUUCUUCGGAAAGAAAGACCCUUCCGGCAACCGCCCGCUGGAUGACGAGAUACAUGAGGCUCCCAUUAUGUAUGACUCUGAAAAGCAGCAGCCGACUUACGACGAUGACGUGCAAACUGCUCUUCCCCAAAUCCCUCCAACGGUAGUGAACAUUGAUCCUACCGUUGAGGCGCGUAUAUUAAGGAAGUUGGAUGUUAGGGUUCCCACUCUCAUGGGAUUUCUAUAUCUUCUUUCUCUUCUUGAUAGAAGUAAUAUUGGAAAUGCAAAGAUCGCAGGAAUGGAUGAGGAUUUGAAUCUGACCGGAAAUCGGUAUUCGUGGCUCUUGACGAUCUUCUAUAUCGCAUAUGUCGUGUUCGAAUUUGCGGCAUUCAUGUGGAAGAUCAUGCCGCCUCACCAAUGGGCGGCUAUCACUGUUCUGUCCUGGGGCAUUGUGGCUACCUGUCAAGCCGCGGUUCAGAACUGGGAAGGACUAAUGGCUUUGCGGUUCCUUCUUGGUAUGUCCGAAGCUGCAUUUGGCCCCGGAACUCCUUAUUUAUUGUCUUUCUUCUAUCGCCGCCGUGAACUCGGCUUCCGCUGUGGUCUGUUCGUAUCGGCCGCGCCUCUGGCAAACACAUUUGCGGGAGCUCUUGCGUACGGGAUUACCUCCGGACACUCUAAAUUAGCAAACUGGAGGUUGUUGUUUCUUGUGGAAGGAAGCCCAUCCUUACUAGCUGCCAUCCUGGCCUGGCGAUUCUUGCCCGAUAGCCCUUCGUCCGCUCGGUUCUUGACCGAGGAAGAAAAAGAGGUUGCUCGAGCAAGAAGUCUUCGGCAGAAUGGCGAACGCGAACGGUCUACUAAAAUCGAUUGGAAAGGCUUGGGCCAGACACUUCUAGAUGUCAAGGCAUGGAUGACUGCGCUGAUGUACUUCAGCUGCAAUGUUAGCUUUUCUUCCCUCCCCGUCUUCCUUCCCACAAUCUUGAAGGACAUGGGUUUCACUUCGAUUAACGCCCAAGGGCUUACGGCGCCGCCCUACUUUGCUUCUUUUCUAGUCACACUCAUCACCACCUGGGUCGCCGAUCGGCUACAGCAGCGCGGCUUGAUGAUUGCUUGUCUGUCUUUGAUUGGGGCUGUUGGCUAUGUUCUCCUUGCGACCUGCACGUCUGUUGGUGCUCGUUACGCCGGCGUGUUCCUAGCUGCUGUAGGCGUCUUCCCUUCGAUUGCGAACAUUCUCCCCUGGGUCCUAAAUAACCAAGGGUCGGACUCAAGACGUGGAAUGGGCAUUGUCAUCCUUAAUGUUAUCGGCCAGUGUGGACCAUUCCUGGGAACAAAUGUCUUCCCGAAAAGCGACGCACCGCGCUACAUCCGCGGUCAAUCUAUUUGCGCAGCCUUCAUGUUUUUCACCACGGUCCUUGCACUCGCUCUGCGAUCUCUUCUAGUAUGGGAGAACCGUCGCUUAGAUAAACAAUACGGCACGCUGGCCGAGCGGGAGGCGCGGGGGUGGAAUAAAGACGAAGGCAUCGCAGAAGAAAACUAUGGCGCUGGAUUCCGAUUCGUCCUUAAUGGAAUCCGCUUCUCUAUCACCGACACGUCGCCGCCUACAGCUCGGACAAUGCCCACGAUUUACCAGGACCGGGCUGCGAUUUCUCUUUACGAUGCACAGUUUUCCUCUGGGUCACGAGGUCCAAUCCCUCAGGUCAUUAUCAAUCAGGUGGUGGACCGCUUGGUCCGAUUUCAGGUUACGUGUGAGGAUUUUGGGGUCCCUGCGGCGAAUAUCAACGUGCUUGCUACGGAGGCGACGCGGACGGCACCGAAUUCUGAGGAGCUUCGCAAUCGGAUCAAGGAGCGGACGGGGUGGGAGGUGCUUCUGCUGUCUAAAGAGGAUGAGGGACGGAUUGGGGCGUUAGGGAUCGCCAGCAGCGCUUCCUCUGUAGCUGGGCUGGCAAUGGAUCUUGGUGGUGGCAGUACGCAGAUUACGUGGGUUGUUGAGAAGGAUGGGGUAGUUACUACGAGCUUAAGGGGUUCGUUCAGUUUCCCUUACGGGGCCGCUGCGUUGACGAAGCGGUUGGAGCAGGCGAGGGGAGAGGGGAAGAAAGCAGAGAAGUUGCUGAAGGAGGAAAUGACGAGGAACUUUCAGGAUGCAUAUCGGGCUCUUGAGGUUCCCGAAUUUCUGCUGGAGACCGCGAAGGCUCUCGGGAGGUUUGAUUUGUACCUCUGUGGAGGGGGAUUCAGGGGCUGGGGCUACGUGCUCAUGAAGCAGUCCAAGGUUGAUCCUUAUCCGAUUCCCAUCAUUAAUGGGUUUCGGGUACGUAGAGGAGACUUUCACAAUACUGUUUCUGUGCUGGACGUGGUUUCUGACUCUGAUGAGAAGAUAUUCGGUGUGUCGAAGCGACGAGCAUCACAGAUCCCCGCAGUAGCUGUCUUGGUCAAUGUGAUAAUGGACGCAUUGCCGAAUAUUACACACGUUCAGUUCUGCCAAGGGGGUAUCCGAGAGGGCUUUCUUUUCGACCAGAUGCCCCAGGAGGUUCGCGCGCAAGAUCCUCUCCUGGCCGCAAGCUUGUCAUAUGCAUCCCUGUCCAGUGAUGCGAUUAGAGAGCUACUGACAUCCGCGUUGCCUACGUCGUCUUCGCCUAUAGCGUCUUGCCACGCACCGGUUACAUUCACCCCUCAAUUGCUUGGUGCGCUUGCAAACCUACUUUUUGCUCACUCCAGAGUGCCUCGCGAAUCACGCUCAGCCGUUGCACUGCAUAGCACAACCACCGGGAUCCUGGCAUCGGUGAAUACUUUAACACACAUCGAACGCGCCCUAAUUGCCCUAGUACUCUACGAGCGUUGGGCGGGGGAUCUGGCCCCUACAGACCAAAUAUUUCACGGGCGACUGAGUCGGUGCAUCUCUGCGCAGGAGGCAUGGUGGUGUCAGUAUUUGGGUCGGGUAGCGACCCUAAUUGGAGAGGUGCAUCCUGCCGGCCGCGUGUCGGAAACGCAUUGGAGGAUCCAAUUGGAGGCUGAAUGGGAGUCUAUCAUGAAUAAGAAAGAGAAAAGCGAUUUACUCCGUCUCAAAGUGCAAUGCAAUCGGGAUGUCGCUGCUGCUGCUGUCUUGCUUGAUGGCUUACAGGAGAGGGCGGAGAAGGUCGAGAAAGCUGGAAAGAAAAAGAACUGGAUUAAAGAUUAUGGGGUGCGAGUGGGGGUAACAAUUUGCUAA